ACACAGUGACCAUCAGAACCAGGAAGUUCAUGACAAACAGACUUCUUCAGCGCAAGCAGAUGGUGAUUGAUGUUCUUCACCCUGGGAAGGCUACAGUCCCUAAAACAGAAAUCAGGGAAAAGUUGGCAAAAAUGUACAAGACAACCCCUGAUGUGAUUUUCGUCUUUGGCUUCAGAACUCACUUUGGUGGUGGCAAGACAACAGGUUUUGGCAUGAUCUAUGAUUCCCUGGACUAUGCAAAGAAAAAUGAACCAAAGCACAGGCUUGCCAGGCAUGGCUUGUAUGAAAAGAAGAAGACUUCUAGGAAGCAGCGGAAAGAGCGCAAGAACAGAAUGAAGAAAGUCAGGGGCACAGCCAAGGCAAAUGUUGGUGCUGGCAAGAAGAAGGUAAUCUGUGUGGUGUCGUAUAGCUUGUGAUCAGCUCAGUAGCUUAGUUUUGCUCCUCACUGCUGUAAGCUUAGCUGAUACAAUGAAACAACGCUUCUGAAAUGAUUGUUUCCUAUGUGUCACUGGAACUAAAGCUAAGCUUUUGUAAAUCUAACAGUAUUGCUUUAAUUGCAUAAUUCAGUCUUGCAACAUGCGAAUUACGUAGUCUUAACACUUGUUGUGCAGGCUACCUAAAUAUCUAAUGCUUACUUCACUGAUUUGCUGUUAUUUAUGGUGUUACUUAUAGAGAAGAUCUUGUUAAGGAUGUGUGGUGGUGGAGGCAGUGAGGACAGCGUGUAAAUCGGAAUUAGGUUGAAUGCCUGGUUU